AUGAACAAGUCUGUCAAUCCAUAUCAGUGGGGUUUCGCAAUCUACCGGACUGUUUAUACCCCUCAGUCGGAUGAGCUAUGGUCCUCUGUACUCGAGAGACUGGAAACAUACAUGGAGCUCAGCUGUAAUGACCCAGAAUAUCGAGACGAAUUAUCAAAUACCAUAGUCUGGGAUCGGGAAAAAUUCAACAAUGCGUCCAUCGAUGAGAUUCGGAAAGAUUUCAGACGAGAAAUGCUCAUUCCAGAAAUGGGCAAUGAUGAAAUCGAAUCCGAUGAUGAUACUGUGACACGAGAUCGAAAAGAUGACUUAUAUCGCCAAAAGCAAGCUGAGCUAGAAGUGGAACUAGGCGAUGAGGCUCUUUGGGGCGAGGUCAACGGUUCGUACUGUCUUUUGAUUGAUGAAGAGGUCUUCCAAUCCAUCCUGAAAGCCCCAGAGCCUGUUGAAGGGAUGAAAAUUAAAUGGGGAACAUAUGAGUACGUUGGAUUUGUAAAAGUUGUCACAAUUUAUGAAAGGUCCUCGAGAAAUGAGCAUUGGCCAGGAUGGGGCAAGGUUGAUUUUAGGCUGCUCUGGUGGCUGCGCGAUCAAGAUGAAAUCGAAAGAGAGGCUCGAGUUCCGCAUCCUCGACGUGAAGGUAUCUACGAGCUGCCCGUCAUCACUGGUGACUAUUGA